CAAAAUUUUAUUAAUUUUUAUCGAAUCAAAGUUUUUUGUACAGUAUCAAAUAGCAGCUCAUCCAGAUCAAAAUCUAGUCACCAAAAAAAUAAAAAUGAAACUAAUUUUCACAAUUUUCAUCGCUUUGAUUGCUAUAAGCUUGAUUGAAGCACAAGAUGCUGAUUCUCCAACACAAAUAUCCAACAACAAUUUAGGAAACGUAGUAAAUGUUGGCGUUGAAGGCAGAGUUAAUGUUCAGAGUGAGACAAAUGUAUUUUUAAUGUCACUCAUUGCUGCAUUGACUAAUCAAAAUGGAAUUAUCGUUGCACCAACAAAUGAAGCCAUUGCAGAGGUUCCAGAAAUUGAACCAGAGGCACAGCAAAUUAAUCCUGAAUUGGUUAACAAAUUUUUAACAAUGCUUGGAAGAUAAAAAAAAUUAGUUUUAAGUGACAUGAUUUGAAAACAUAAGCCACAUGUGCAAUUUUUGGAAAUAAAAAGAUUUUUUAUAUC